AUGCACAAAGGGGCUACUUUCGCACUCGCAACAGCGGUCGGAGUUGUUGGGGCGGUCGCCUACUCAAAGACGUCAAAAACGCCCUUCUCGGUUAUCGGGCCGUUGUCGCUCACACGAAUGACCCUGCAAAGUUCAGAGCUGCUAAACCACAACACCAAGAAAUUACGCUUCGCCCUUCCCGAUUCAAAUACUCGCACCGGGCUGUCGUUAACCUCUGCCUUGUUAUCCGUAUCUCUGCCGCCAGGAAAUGGUCUACGGACACCCGUGUUGCGGCCAUAUACACCCACAAACGACCCCAAUGAGCCUGGCUAUGUCGAGUUCAUGAUUAAACUCUAUCCGGGUGGCAAGCAAAGCACACUGAUGCAUUCUCUGAAGCCUGGCGACACACUAUCAUUUAUGCGAAUUCCCUCGCUCGGCUGGAAGCCAAACCAAUAUGAGCACGUCGCUCUCAUCGCUGGAGGUGCAGGAAUCACACCGAUGUACCAGCUCCUCCAUGGCAUUCUCUCUAACCCCGACGACAAAACUCGAAUAACCCUUGUUUGGGGCGUCAAUACGGACGAGGACUUGUUCUUGAAGGAGGAAUUUGCCGCCCUCGAGAAAAGUCAUCCCCAGCGGUUCAAGACACACUACGUCGUCUCGAAUCCGGAACAAGGCUCGCGGUUUAAAAAGGGGUAUGUGACGAAGGAGUUAUUAGAGCAGGCUGGGCUCAAGGCAGACAAUAAUGGAGCAGUGAAGGUCCUGGUUUGCGGACCGCCGCCGAUGGAAAAGGCGUUGACUGCGAGGGGUAGCGGUAUUCUAGCUCAGUUAGGCUACUCUGCGAGCCAAAUUCACCAAUACUAA